CCUUGGCUGUAGCCGUGCUGUCAAAGUGGGAGGAUGAUCAACCAGAAAUGUAGCACUUUAUUACUGAAAGACAGAAGACGGAGGAGGAUUAUAAAAUGUAUCUAUGUGGUGGGCUUCAUGGACUUGUUUGGGGUGAGCAUGAUCAUCCCACUGCUGAGCCAUCACGUGAAGGCUCUUGGAGCAAGUCCCACUGUGGCUGGUAUUGUAGGAUCUACGUAUGGGAUCUUGCAGCUUUUCUCGAGCACUAUAGUUGGCAGCUGGAGCGACGUGGUGGGUCGGAGGUACUCUCUGCUGACCUGCCUGCUGCUCAGCGCUCUAGGCUACGGCCUGCUGGGGAUGUCCACCAGCAUCGCUUUGUUUGUACUUGCACGAAUACCUGUGGGGUUGUUCAAGCACUCACUCUCCAUCUGCAGAGCUCUGCUGUCUGACCUGGUGUCUGCUUCAGAGCGCCCUCUAGUGAUGGGACAUUUUAAUGCAGCCUCCAGCGUGGGCUUCAUCCUGGGCCCUGUGGUGGGUGGCUACCUAACUGAGCAUGAAGGAGGCUUUUAUACAUCCUCUUUUACUUGUGCAGCCAUCUUCAUUAUUAAUGCGGGCCUCGUAUGGAUGAUACCACAGAGUGAGACUCUGGCUGACCGUAAUGACACUGUCUGCAGAAACGACACGAGUACAGGGUAUCACGAAAUCCACUUUAGUAAAUCUGUACAGAAUGGUUCUCAUACAAAUAGCCACCACCCAUUGCUGACAGCAGAGACGCAGCAAGAGUCUACAUCUCCUGGAAAGCAUCAAGGUGGUUUCAGGUGGAGGGAUGUGACUUUUCUUCAGCCAGUCUGGAAACAGCUGUCCUCAGUAGGCUCCAGGAUCCACAUAGUGGCCUCAUCUGACAUGUGGGACCUCUUCCUUGUGCGUCUUCUGAUGGCCAUAGCUAUCAUGCUCUACUACAGUAACUUUUCUCUGGCCAUGGAGGAGCGCUUUUCACUCAAACCAAAAAUGACCGGUUACCUGAUCAGCUACAGCAGCACUCUAGGGGCCCUGGCUGGGUUCCUGGUGGGGCCAGUCACGCAGCUGUAUAAGAACAACAUGCCCGCUUUACUGCUUCAUUCGACGGUGCUCACCUGUACACUUAUUUUCCUCUAUGCUGCUGCGCCGAAUGUUUGGCAGGUGCUGCUCACCUCCACCUUCUUUGCCAUUUCUACCACUAUCGGCCGGACAUGCAUCACAGAUUUGGAGCUGCAGAGGGGCGGGGUCCAGGCCAGCGGGACUCUGAUUGGAGCCGGGCAGUCAGUUACAGCUGUGGGUCGAAUCCUGGCUCCUCUCCUGUCUGGUUUGGCGCAAGAGUUCAGCCCUUGCGGCCCCCCAAGUCUAGGAGUGGUGCUGGCCCUCGCAGCUGUGGCUUUACUACUCAUCAGAAUCCCCAAAUGGGACGCGAGGGAGAUGACAAAAACAGCCAAACUCAGAAACUCUAAAUGAAUUUUGAAAUCACAAAGAAGUGCUCUUAAUUGCAGGAGACCAGCUGGGACAAUGAACAGCAGACUCCUCGAGGGAACGGUGAAGCCAACUCAAACGUGUUAUUCUUAAACAGGGUAGCCCUUCUGUUGGUGCGAUGACAUCACAGAGUGGAAAUAUUGUGACGUUUCAAUCACACCAGCACUGAAGUCUUCGUCUCGGGGACAGGUGAAUCAAAAGUCACGUGCACUGUAGGAAUGAAACACGGCUGCAAAAUGCUGACGUUUGACAGCAACUUUUGGGCACAAACUACUGGAUUAUGACUGACUGUAUUUUUAUGACUUUAUUUUUAAUGAAGUUUUGUAACCACUGCAAUUUAGCUGGAGUUGAUGAAAGCAGGUCUGCACUACAUACCCGAAGAGGAGGAGGAUUUAAUUGAAAUAAUACUUCAUUCAUUAAAUUAAAAUUAAAAAGAUGACUAUCAAAGGCAGGCUAUUACAUUUUUACCUCAGUGGGGUUUUUUGUUUUUUAUUCUAAUGCAAAGUGUCCGAAAUGGUCGUUAUAGCAGUAUCUGAUCUAAUGUUCCUCUUUGACUGAUCAUAAAAAAAUAAAGAUUUGUUAAUUUACUUAAUUAGAGGCUUAAAUGCGUAUUUGUUAUUCACUGUUUUUAAGUUUUAUAACAUUAGUUUCAACACCUGUUUACUUGCAUCACCAGAGCCAGAGAGGUGUAAUAUGAAGUGAGAUGAAACACAUAACUCACUAUGGUGUUAGAGUUUUAUGUGUCACAAUUCUUUUAUUUACAGCGUGUUGUAAGUGCAAAUUUUCAGCUGUGCAAAUAUGCGUUAUAUGUGCGAGAUGUUACUAGGGGCACAAAUUAAGCCCAGCUGUAAAAAUAACAGCAGAGCCAACCGUGCAUUGCAAUGUCACUGUGCAUGCAUUCAUGAUGCAGAAAAUGUCAACAUUUUUAUACUUGGUUUUAAUCUAUUUAGUCUCUUUUACUCUCUCGUGCACACAGGUUACCUGUUCAAUCAAUAAACUGAAAGGUUUCACAGUUCUAAUGUGCAGCCAUCACUUUAGAAAUGAGAGUGCACUCAAUAUUAAAAUAAUUAACUUGAAUUAAAAUGUGUACUCUACCCCUCUCUGCACUAAAUAAGCAGAUUAAGAAUUUUCUGCAGCAUUCAUUUCCUGUCUUGUCUUUCUCUCACUUUUACAUGUUGGUAUUGUUUAUAGAUUUUUCAUCACUAGUCAGUCAUCAUCUGAUGUUGUUUCUGGUUGGAGUAGGUGGCGCUCACAGGGAUCCUGUUGUGUGGGAUGAGUGUCAUGUGAUAUGUGAAACACCCCUUUUUAUGUAACUGCACACGGAGCCUGAAGCAGAAAGUCCGACUUGGCAGACAAAGUUAAUAACUGCCAUCAUAGGUUUUGUCAAGCCAGCUAACUCAGAGAAAGCCUGGCUGUGUUGAACUUCCUUCAUAUUACACCUCUCUGGAACAGUUGGAAACGCUCUCUUAUACAUUUAUUUCAUUUAUCUCUAGGCUCCAUGAAGGACCUGCCACA